AUGUCUCUUGUAAUCCCUGAGAAGUUCCAGCACAUUUUGAGAGUGCUCAACACCAACAUUGAUGGAUGGCAGAAAAUAGCUUUUGCCAUCACAGCCAUCAAGGGUGUGGGUCAAAGAUAUAUUCAUGUAGUACUGAGGAAAGCAGACAGUGACCUCACCAAGAGGGCUGGUGAACUCACUGAAGAUGAGGUGGAACAUGUGAUCACCAUCGUGCAGAAUCCCUGGCAAUACAAGAUUCCAGACUGGUUCCUUAAGAGGCCAAAGGAUGUAAAGCCUGGAAAAUAUAGCCAGGUUCUGGCCAAUGGUCUGGACCAUGAAAAUCUGGAGCAAAUAAAGAAGACUUGGGCACUUCGUGGGCUUCGGCACUUCUUGGGUCUCCGGGUUCAAGGCCAGCACACCAAGACUACAGGUCACACUGUGUGUGCAUCCAAAAAGUAA